AUGACGGAAGCAGAGGACAAGGAGAAGGCGGAAAAACUCGCCGCCGCGAAGAAGCGGUUCGAGGAACUGAAGAAGCAGAAGAACAAGAAAGGCGGGGCAAAGAAGAAAGGCGAUAAAGUAAAGGCAGACGCCGAUGCCGAAGCCUCAAGUGCAGCAGAGAAGCAAGACGAAGCUGCAGCUGAUGAGCAGGAUGAUGGUGCAGACGGUCCUGGAGCUGCAGCCAUUGAUGCCUCCAAAGCCGAAGGCGCGCCUCACGAGGUGUCAAAAGACACAUCUAAACCUUCCCAUGGCCGAACUGCAUCAAUAUCCACUACGCGCAAGGUCUCUAGUGAUACCGGGAUGAAGAGUCCAGCUGGCGAGACAGCACAGGACAUACAUCGCAAGCAGGCUCAACGCAUCGAACAAUUGGAGAAGGAGAACAAAAAACUUCAAAGUGAAAGCGAGGCACACGAGAAGAAGUGGAGAAAGACGGAAGACGAAUUGGAGGAGCUGCGGGAGGCGAGGGGUGAGGUAGAAGAGCUGAAAAGUAAGGCUGGAAAGGCAGACGAACGGGACAACGAGAUAGAGAACCUGAAGACGGAGAUCACCGCACUCCAACGGCAAAUCCCUCAACUCCAAUCGCAGGCCUCUCGUUCUCGCCGUAUUUCCACAUCGUCCCCUGCGAAUGCAGACGAUCUCACCUCACAACUGGCCUCCAAAGCCAACACCAUAGAUUCUCUUGAGCUCGAGCUUUUCAAUCUCCACACGCAACUCUCCACGCUCGAAUCCAAGAACACCGAUCUAAGCUCGCAGCUCACCACACUGGAGGAUGCCCUCAGUACAGAGCGUGAAGCCCACUCCUCCACCGCCAAAGAGCUUGCCGACCUACGCACAAACCUCGAAUCUGCAUCCACGCGCGCCGAGUCCAGCGACACAGACAAAUCCGCUCUGACCAAACAAAUCGCCCAGCUCGAAGCCUCACUCGCGGCAUCACAACGAACCGCCGACGCCGCAUCCAAACGCGCCAGCACCCUCGACCAAAAAGUCUCCACCCUGACCACGCUCCACCGCGACGCUUCAACUGCCCACGCCGCCCGCCAGCGCGACUUCUCAAAGACCGAGCGCGAAGCAAAGGAGCUGCGCAGCCGCGUCUCGUUUCUCGCCGGGGAGAACAGCAAGCUGCGCAGCACGGCCAGUCACGGUGUCACGGACGACGACGGCACCAGCGUGGACGAGCUCGUCGACGAAGCGCGCGAGACGCUGCGGCGCAAGGUGCGCGAAUUAGAGGAGGAAAAUGCAGAGCUGCGGCGCGGCGUAUGGCGUGACCGGCGGCGCGAGCUGCAGCCGGGGCUCGACGACGACAACGACGCGGAUACCUCGUUUGACGAUGUCGAUUUGACCGGGCGGGCGAGUCCUCGGGCGGCGCGACCGGGGGUGACGCGGGGGUCGUCGAGCCUGACGGAUGUAAUUAAUAGUGGUAUUAAGGCGUUUUCGAGCACAGGGGUUGGAGGGGGGAGGAGGAGGGGAAGCAGUGUGCGCAAGCAGAGCCUUGGGCAUGUCAGUGAGGACGGGGAUGAGUUUGCGUUUGACGAGGAGGAGUUCAAGCGGGCGCAGGAAGAGGAGAAUAUGCGGCGAUUGGAGCGGGUGAGGGAGAUUAAGCGGGGACUGGUUGAUUGGAAGGGAUGGAGGGUGGAUUUGGUGCAUGUGAGGGCCGGUAUGGGUGGUGUUUUUGAUGUUUAGAUAGAUACGAUAGAUUCCUACGCAGAGGGGAUGACGGGCUGCAAGCAUAUCUGUCUCAAUAUGAAAAAUGUAAAACUCUUUUUGAUUAUUGAAAAAUAUUAUACGGCUCUAGGAAAUUCUACGCCCGCUUUGCUCUAUCUAUCAGCAUUUCGCUUUCCGCUCCUCUAUGCCCAUAUGAUCUCAAGUGAUACGGCCAGAAUGCUCA